AUGGACCACACCUCAACCGUGUCUCUCAAUCGCCUACUUUUCCGCCUAGACCGCACCCUCCUCUCACCAUCCGACGAACAACUCCACAGGCUGCGUAGCUCGCCAUACGAACGCAAUAAAGUCUCGACCAAUGUCGAGCACGCGCGCACAACGCUUUUGACCUUGGAGAAGCAGGCCAGUACGAUAAGAGUACAGUCAGAAAGGCAGAGAGUACAGCAAGAGCUCUUGGAGAAGCGCGAAGUGAUCAAGCGGUUAAACUCGCGAUUAGACGAGCUCAACCAGCUCGGAGACGAAGAAGAGGACGACGAUGACGGCGAAGACGACCCCAUAGAAGACGGAGAGGAAACAGCAAACGACCAGCCCAACGGCGACAUCCCAAGCGAAGACUCCGAUUCCGACCAACCCCUCCCCUCCUACGCCCCCGCCCACUCAGACUACCAAGACGGCCUCGAAACCACCGGCGCCGGCGGCGAAGCGACCGCAGCCCACGCUCAACUAGCCUCGACACUACAGUCCGAGCUCCGCGCGCGAAAACCUCCCAGCGCCGCCGACAAUCGCGACGCAGCGACUUCGACGGCGCGAGAACAGCUCUUCGCUGGGCGGCCGCAACAACCGCCCGAUCCCUCAUUAUCACAGUCAGAGACGCUGUUGUCGCACAACCGGACUGAGCAGGAGAACCUUACGACGGGGCUGUUGUCGCUAGCGCGGUCGUUGAAGGAGAGUUCGCUGAACUUCAGCUCCGCGUUGGAGGGGGAGAAGGAUGUGCUGAAGCGGGCGGCGGGAGGGCUGGACAAGAGUGCGCUGGGCAUGGAAGCGGCGGAGCGGAAGAUGGGGGCACUGAGACGGAUGAGUGAGGGGCAGGGGUGGUGGGGGAGGAUAAAGCUGUAUGGGAUGAUUUUUGGGCUGUGGGUGGCUUGUUUUCUGUUUGUGUUUGUUGGGCCGAAGUUGAGGUUUUAG